AAAAUAUUUUUCGUUACUCACCCCCAUAAUUCAUCAUAUAUUCUAUAUAUCUAUACGUAUAUAAAAAUGAACAAUUCCUUUUAUUCCACGUUUAAAAUAAGUUUAAUGAAUUGAUGUAGAUGUAGUCCUAGUAGAUGCAAACUAACUAUGUCUUCUUUUUUUGCAAUUUAUAACUAUCCCCCACGGUUAUGAUGGUAACUUUAAUUUCUGUGGUCGUGUACUUUUGCUCAAUUGGUUUUUUUAACACACUUUUUUUUUCCAGUUGGUUGCAUCAUCCCCUUUUUGAACUAGUAGUGAAAUAUAUCAAUCAAUCAAUCAAUUGAAUUAUCAAUUAUCAUACUUCAACUUCUCGAUUUAACAUACAAAUUACAAUGUUGUCAUCAAAAGUAUUAUCAUCAGCUUUAAGAGCUCAAUCCCGAAACUUAAUUAAAAGAGUCAAUGUCAGAACUAUUACUCCAAGUUUAUUAAACAUUAACUAUAGUAAUGUUAGAAACUUCCAAUCCAGUAUGGUUAAAUUCAAUGCUAAAGAAGAUUUAACUAAUGUUUUACAAUCUGAAUUGAAGGUUACUAAUACUAUUCCAAAUACUUUAGAUUCUAUAUAUGAGGGGUUUUUAGUUGAAAAUAAAUGGGAUUUAAUUGAAAAGGAUGGACAAUCAGUUAUUGAAUUAAAGAAAACUUUAGAAGAUGGUAAAAUCAUUAGAGUAUUUUUUGAUAUUGAACAAAUCACUGAUACUCCAUAUUCUGAAUUUGAUGGUGAAGAUGGUGAAUUUGAUGGUGAAAAUGGUUCAAGUGCUGAACUUGAAGAAAAUGAACAUGAUUUUGAUCAAGUUAGAAGUGAAGUUGAUGAAUUAGAUAAAUUAAUGUGUAAUGUUAGAGUUUUAAUUGAAAAUCCAACUUCUGAUACUGGAGUAUUUUUCAAUUUAAUCUUACAUUCUCUUGAAAAUUCCUUCAUUAUUGAUUUUGUUUCAAAUCAACCAAAAGCUUCUAAAUUCUUACAAGAAUUAGUUUAUGCUCAAGGUGAAUUCUCCGAUCAAUUAUCUUAUCAAGGUCCAAGAUUCUCUGAUUUAGAUGAAUCCUUACAAACUCAAUUCGAAACUUAUUUAUCAUCCCAAGGUAUUGAUGAUCAAUUAGCUGAAUUCAUUGUAUCUUAUAGUGAAGUUAAAGAAGAAGAUGAAUAUAGAAAAUGGUUAUCUGAUUUAGUUACCUUUUUCAAAUAAGUCAAUCAAUAAUGAUAACUCUUGUACAUAAACUACUUUUUAUAAAUUUGCCCCUUUUUAGUUACGUUCUAGUGUUUAUGUUAUAAUUAUUAAUUGAUUAUAAUCAUAGAUCUGUAUGUUAAUAUCAUGUAAAUACACACAUACCCUCCCAUACCCAUAUAUCACAUUUAGCGUAUUACCCUCAGAUAUUCG